UUAAAAAAUAAUGAGUAACGAGGAUUUAUUACCCGAAAAUAAUGAAGAAACUGAUUAUGAAAAACGAGUUCUGCUAUUGCUACGUCCUUACAAAAAGUUGAAUAAAUAUUCGUUUUGUUUGUGGUUAAAUAAAUUUGAGUAUAUAGCAGAUAUGAUCGAGAUACCAAACGAUAAAAUGGUUGAAAUUUUUAAUAAAAUGGUGGAUAAUAAUGUCCAAGAAGUUAUCAAGCAAAACAACCCUUCUGUCAACUUCUCUGCACUUUCAUACGAAGAAAUAAUAAACCAAUACUUUCGUUAUUUUACUACUAUGGAUGUAAAGUAUGUACACAGAAUUCGAUUUGUACAGCGAUAUCAAUAUAAACAAGAGCCGUUAGAGAUAUAUGCUAACAGUUUACAUAAAAUAUAUAAUAAGUGCGAGUAUAGAGAUGAAAGAGAAAAAAAAUUAUGUGACAAAUUCAUUAAUGGAAUCAGAGACAAUGAAAUUAAAGCUCAUAUAAAAAAACUUUCUAUCUUACCAUAUAAUGAAACUGUAGAAAAGGUCCUUGAAAUAGCAGAAUUUGAAGGACUAAAUAAUCGUGAAAGUGAAACUCAUCCAACAAUCAAUACUUACAGUCCCGAAAAUGAAGGUCUAUUUUACGUGUGGUUAAAUAAAUUUGAGUAUGUUGCAGAUGUUCUCAAUGUAUCAAAUCAUAGAAUGGUUGAAUACUUUAAUACUAUGGUCGAUGAUAACGUUCAUACGAAUGUCAAAAAUGCCAACCCUUCUAUCAACUUUUCUGAACUUUCAUACGACGAGAUAAUAAACUAUUACCUUAAAUAUUUUGCUUUUGCCGAUGAAACUGACUUACACAGAAAACGUUUUCUAUGUCGUAAACAAUAUGAACUAGAGGCGAUACAAAAUUAUGCUGUAAGAUUACGAAAAAUAUAUGCUAGAUGCCAUUAUAACGAUUACCUAGAAGGAAAACUAAGUAAACAAUUUCUUCAUGGAAUCCGCGACAGAGUAAUAAUAACUGUCUUUAAAGUACAAAAUUGUUUAUUGUACGUUGACAUUGUAUCAAUGGCCAUUGAGUUUAAAAAAUUGAAUGAAAGAAAUACUUAUAAAAAUCAAAAUUUUUUAUUGAUUGAUACUUACAGUCCAGUGUAUGAUGGUUCGUUUUUUGACUGGUUAAAUAAAUUUGAGUAUAUAGUACACAUUGCUAAAAGAGAAGAUAUGAGCAUUCUUAAAAUCUUUAAUGAAAGGGUUGAUAAUGAUAUCCAUCUUGAGGUCCAGGAAGCUAACCCUUCUAUCAACUUCUCAGAACUUUCAUACGACGAGGUCUUACACGGAUUCCUACAUUCCAUCCGGAAAAGGGAGAACUUUUUUAUGUCUGGUUUAACAAAUUUGAGUAUGUCACGGAUACAAUCAUGCUACCAGAUGAUGAAAUUAUUAUAUUUUUUAAUUAUAUGGUCGAUAAUGAUGUUCAUACGCAUGUAAAGAAUGUCAACCCCACUAUCAACUUCUCUGAACUUUCAUACGACCAGAUAAUAAAUUAUUACCUUUUUCAUUUUGCAUCUGUCGGUGAAACUGACUUACAUAGAAAUCGUUUCCUGUGUCGAAAUCAAUAUGAACAAGAAACGAUAGAAAGAUAUGCUGAAAAUUUGCAGAAAAUAUAUUCGAAGUGCAAUAAUGCCAAUACCUCAGAUAAACAAGUAUGCGAACGAUUUCGUGAAGGACUCCUGGACGAUGAAUUAAGAAUUUAUUUACGUAAAUCUCGUGACCUAUCAUUUGACGUAUCUGUAGCAAUGGCACUAUCAUUUUACAGUGAAAAAAUUCAAGUGUAAUAAUUUGUUUAAAAUUGAAUAGAAACACGUAAAGAAUUACAGGUACUACAACAAUAAACGAAUAAAAUAAGAUAAAUGGUUUGUUAUUCUGGGUAAUUUUUUGUGUUUUAUAAUUUAAUGUAAACCAAGAAGCUAUUUCUUUAUCCUGAAGCAGUAUUCUUGCACGUUUUUGAAAAAGUUCAAUAUUUGGAUUUUGAACUCAUAUAAUAUUGAAAAUAUAUUUAUAUAUACGACAUACAAAUAUGUUCUCGACAAUAUACUUUUGUAAAAAUGAAAUAUGUAGACGAAAAGGGAUAAUUUUUAUGUGAAAAUAAUUUUUUUUUUACUUAAAAUUUUUACUAAAAAUAUACAAUUUAUAUGAUUUUUAUGUAUGUGUGUGGUGACGAGUAAGAUAAAUCUUUAGUAUGUGUGAGACAUAGAGAUUGAGAUUAUUGAAUGAAAGGCCGGAGAGGGAAACCGACUCAAAAAUGUAAUCAUCGAAUAACGAUAGACUUUCUUACAGCGAAACAUAAACGGUGCAUAAAAAAGAAUAGGUCUAGAAAGGCAUUUAACGUCUAAUAGUUAAACACUGAACUCGUUUUAUUGCUUUAGUAUUAUUUUAUAAUUUUAUUUUUGAAAAUAUAUUGCAUCUUUGUGACAGGCUCUCUUAUUAAACGAAAGUAUCAUCAAAAUUAACGGAACUCUCUUUUUUUCGCCAGAUAUUACGUAGGGAGACUGAAUAAAGAGAUAGGACUCUACAUUCGUGUAGGGACUCAUUAUGAAUUAUUUUAUAGGAGGCCUUAAUUAAAACUUUUAAAUGUAUAAAGUCGAAGCAG